GCCCCAGCCCCGCCAGCACCGCUACCUCCGCCAGCAUUGCCACCAUCAGCACCACCUCCACCACCACCACCACCACCGCCGCCGGCGGCGGCAGCAGCCAUUUCAUCUCCACAGAAACCAGACACAAAAACAUGGCAGAAAUGGAGAAAGAAGGGAGACCUCCGGAAAAUAAAAGGAGCAGGAAACCGGCUCACCCAGUGAAAAGGGAGAUCAAUGAGGAAAUGAAGAACUUUGCAGAAAACACAAUGAAUGAACUCCUUGGCUGGUAUGGCUAUGAUAAGGUUGAAUUGAAAGAUGGUGAAGAUAUUGAAUUCAGGAGCUACCCUACAGAUGGAGAGAGCCGGCAGCACAUUUCUGUUCUCAAAGAAAAUUCUUUGCCAAAACCAAAAUUACCUGAGGACAGUGUUAUUUCACCAUACAAUAUAAGCACAGGCUAUUCAGGGCUUGCCACAGGAAAUGGACUCAGUGACUCACCUGCAGGGUCAAAGGAUCAUGGCAAUGUGCCCAUUAUUGUACCUUUAAUUCCGCCACCUUUCAUAAAGCCACCAGCAGAAGAUGAUGUGUCAAAUGUACAAAUAAUGUGUGCCUGGUGCCAGAAAGUGGGAAUCAAGCGCUAUUCCCUGAGUAUGGGAAGUGAGGUGAAAAGCUUCUGCAGCGAGAAGUGCUUUGCGGCCUGCCGACGAGCCUACUUCAAGAGAAAUAAGGCUAGAGAUGAAGAUGGACAUGCUGAAAAUUUCCCCCAGCAGCACUAUGCUAAGGAAACUCCAAGGCUUGCCUUCAAGAAUAACUGCGAACUACUUGUAUGUGACUGGUGUAAGCACAUAAGACACACAAAAGAAUACCUGGAUUUUGGGGAUGGGGAAAGAAGGCUUCAGUUCUGCAGUGCAAAAUGUCUCAAUCAAUACAAAAUGGACAUUUUCUACAAAGAGACCCAGGCCAAUCUUCCAGCUGGGCUGUGCAGCACAUUACACCCUCCCAUGGAAAAUAAAGCAGAAGGCACCGGGGUGCAGCUGCUCACUCCAGACUCUUGGAAUAUCUCUCUAACAGACGCUCGGAGGAAGGCCCCCUCCCCAGUGGCUGCAGCUGGCCAAAGCCAGGGUCCUGGCCCAUCGGCGUCCACCACCGUCUCUCCAUCUGACACUGCCAACUGCUCUGUCACUAAAAUCCCCACGCCAGUGCCCAAGUCCAUGCCGAUCAGCGAGACUCCAAACAUCCCUCCUGUCUCCGUCCAGCCACCUGCUAGCAUUGGGCCUCCCCUCGGAGUCCCGCCUCGCAGCCCCCCCAUGGUGAUGACCAACCGCGGCCCGGUCCCGCUGCCCAUCUUCAUGGAACAACAGAUCAUGCAACAGAUCCGCCCGCCCUUCAUUCGCGGGCCGCCACACCACGCCUCCAACCCCAACAGCCCUCUGUCCAACCCCAUGCUCCCCGGCAUCGGGCCCCCUCCGGGCGGCCCCAGGAACCUGGGCCCCGCUUCCAGUCCCAUGCACCGGCCCAUGCUCUCGCCCCACCUCCAUCCCCCGAGCACCCCGACCAUGCCUGGGAACCCCCCGGGCCUGCUGCCCCCGCCGCCUCCGGGCGCGCCUUUGCCGAGUCUCCCCUUCCCGCCCGUGAGCAUGAUGCCAAAUGGCCCGAUGCCCGUGCCCCAGAUGAUGAAUUUCGGGCUGCCGUCGCUCGCCCCGCUGGUGCCGCCCCCUACCUUGCUCGUGCCAUACCCGGUGAUCGUGCCCCUGCCCGUGCCCAUCCCCAUCCCUAUUCCCAUCCCUCACGUCAAUGAUUCCAAGCCCCCCAACGGAUUUUCCAGCAACGGGGAGAACUUCAUUCCGAGCGCCCCCGGCGACUCCUCGGCGGCAGGAGGCAAGCCAGGCGGACACUCCCUGUCCCCCCGGGACUCCAAGCAGGGCUCGUCCAAGUCCGCGGACUCGCCACCCGGCUGCUCGGGCCAGGCCCUGAGCCUGGCGCCCGCGGAGCACGGCCGGAGCGAGGUAGUGGACCUGACGCGGCGCGCCGGCAGCCCCCCGGGCGCGGGCGGCCAGCUCGGCUUCCCGCCGCCCGAGCAGCCCCCGCCGCCGCCGCCGCCGCCGCCCGCGCCCCCCAAGAAGCUGCUGUCGCCCGAGGAGCCCGCGGUGAGCGAGCUGGAGUCCGUCAAGGAGAACAACUGUGCUUCCAACUGCCACCUGGACGGGGAGGCGGCCAAGAAGCUGAUGGGGGAGGAGGCCCUGGCGGGGGGCGACAAGUCAGACCCGAACCUUAAUAACCCCGCGGACGAGGACCACGCGUAUGCUCUGCGCAUGCUGCCCAAGACGGGCUGCGUGAUCCAGCCUGUGCCAAAACCGGCGGAGAAGACUGCCAUGGCGCCGUGCAUCAUCUCCUCGCCCAUGCUCAGCGCCGGGCCGGAGGACCUGGAGCCUCCGCUCAAAAGGAGGUGCCUCCGAAUUAGAAAUCAGAAUAAGUAAAAGGAACGCUCACUCACAGGGUACCUUGCAUGGAGAGAGGGCGCAGAGCAAACCAUGUCCCGCCAUCCAAUGACACCAGCUGGUCAGCUCACCACCCCCUCUGGCUAAAACUCAAGAAAAUAAAGCCGCUUCCUGUCAUUAAGCAUCUCAGAGGAAGCAGCUCUCCCUCGGUGGCCUCUAGCCCAGAGAAGCCAGCACAUCUUGGACCCACCAAGCAGGCCCAGCCUUCCUGCUGCCACCAUCUCUGCUUCUCCCCAGAGGAACUUAGGGAUUUUGCCCUUGGUUUUAAAA